GCUCGGGCGCCCCUAGCAGCUGCAGCCCCGCCGCCCCCAUGUUCUCCCUGUGCAGCGCUGCGGGCCGAGCGGUCAGCAGAGCUGGUGGGCCAAGGCUUUUACUGAGAAUGACAUUAGGAACGGAAAUUACUACCCAUCUCCAGGCCUCUUCAUAUGCAGCAUCAGACCGAAACUUUUUGAAAUGGGACCUGUCACCAGAGCAAAUCAGAACAAGGACAGAAGAUCUGAUCAUGAAAACAAAGCAAGUGUAUGACAACGUUGGAAUGCUUGAUUUUGAAAAAGUAACAUAUGAGAACACUAUGCAGGCUCUGGCCGACAUAGAAGUGGAGUAUACAGUGGAAAGAAGCAUGCUGGAUUUCCCGCAGCAUGUCUCGUCCAACAAAGAUGUGCGCUCAGCAAGCACAGAAGCUGACAAAAGACUUUCUUAUUUUGAUGUGGAGAUGAGCAUGAGAGAAGAUGUGUUUCAGAGGAUUGUUUAUUUGCAGCAAAUAUGUGAUCUUGGACAUCUAAAGCCUGAAGCUAAGCGAUACUUAGAAAAGUCAAUUCAAAUGGGAAAAAGGAAUGGACUCCAUCUUCCCAAAGAAGUCCAGAAUGAAAUAAAGACCAUGAAGAAAAAAUUGAGUGAGCUGUGUAUAGAUUUCAACAAAAACCUCAAUGAGGAAAACACAUUUCUUAUGUUUUCUAAGGAUGAACUUCAAGCCCUUCCUGAUGACUUUAUUAAUAGUUUAGAGAAGACUGAAAAGAACAAGUAUAAAGUUACCUUAAAGUAUCCCCACUAUUUUUCUGUCAUGAAAAAGUGCUGCGUUCCAGAAACAAGAAGAAAAAUGGAAACUGCCUUUAACACAAGAUGCAAGGAGGAAAAUACUAAUAUUCUUCGGCAGUUGCUUCCCUUAAGGGCAAAAGUAGCAGAACUUCUUGGGUACAAUACACAUGCCAACUUUGUACUGGAGGUGAACACUGCAAAGAGCAUGGAUAAUGUAACAACCUUUUUAGAUGAUUUAAGUAAGAAGCUAAAACCACUGGGUGACGAGGAGAGAGAGUUUAUUCUGGAUUUGAAGAAAAAGGAGUGUGAAGAAAGAGGCUUUGACUAUGAUGGAAGAAUCAAUGCAUGGGAUUUACAUUAUUAUAUGAACAAGACAGAAGAGCUUAAAUAUUCCAUAGAUCAAGAGAAGCUGAAGGAAUACUUUCCAGUUGAAGCUGUUACACAAGGCUUAUUGAACAUUUACCAGAAGCUGCUUGGACUUGUAUUUGAGCAGGUAGAAAAUGCUCAUGUUUGGCAUGAGAGUGUUACUCUUUAUACAGUAAAAGACGAUUCAACAAGAGAAGUUUUAGGUCAGUUCUACUUAGACCUCUAUCCCAGAGAAGGGAAGUAUGGGCAUGCAGCAUGCUUUGGUCUCCAGCCUGGCUGCCUACGCUCUGAUGGCAGCAGAAUUAUGUCUGUAGCUGCUCUGGUGACCAACUUCACAAAACCAAUAUCAGAUCGCCCAUCAUUGCUGCGACACGAUGAGGUGAAGACUUACUUCCAUGAGUUUGGACACGUAAUGCACCAGAUAUGUGCACAGACCGACUUUGCUAGAUUUAGUGGAACUAAUGUGGAAACAGACUUUGUAGAAGUUCCUUCACAAAUGUUUGAGAACUGGGUAUGGGAAAAAGAACCUCUACAGCAAAUGUCAAAACAUUAUAAAGAUGGGAGCCAUGUUGCAGAUGCUCUUCUUGAGAAACUUGCUGCCUCUAGAAUGGCCAAUACAGGUCUUUUGACUCUUCGUCAGAUUGUUUUGAGCAAGGUUGACCAGUCCAUUCAUACCAAAUCAUCUGCUGACCCUGCAGAUGAAUAUGCCAAGUACUGCAUGGAGAUUCUGGGAAUUUCUGCAACCCCAGGGACAAACAUGCCGGCUACUUUUGGACAUUUGGCAGGUGGCUAUGAUGGCCAAUACUAUGGAUAUCUGUGGAGUGAAGUUUUUUCCAUGGAUAUUUUUUAUAGCUGCUUUAAAAAAGAAGGAAUAAUGAAUCCAAAGGCUGGAAUGAAAUACAGAAACCUUAUCCUGAAACCUGGAGGAUCUUUGGAUGGGAUGGAUAUACUCCAAAAUUUCUUACAGUGUAAACCAAACCAGAAAGCUUUCCUAUUGAGUAAGGGAUUGAAUAUUCAAUGAAGCAACUGAUCCUUUGGAAUGGUACAUCAGCAAGGCAGACGAUCCAAGAAUCAGACUUGGGAGAGGUGUUUUGCUCCUGAGGGUGUUAUUGGAUGAGAGAUUUGCAUUGAUGAAACCUUCAUCUUUUAUUUUUAUGUUAAACUAUCAUCAUGUACCAUGUAAUUUAAGAACUUCUUUCCUAAUUUCAGUUGUGUCUCCUGGGUUGGGUGAAACAGGUAAAGAAGCUAAGAUCCUUGCAGUUCUAUCAUUAUCUUCUAUUUUUGUUGAUAUAAAGCUUUAUUCUAGGUCACCAUCCAUCUCCUUUUCAUUCUUUCAUACCACCACUGGCAGUGACUAGAAAGCAAUACUUGUACAAUUAUAAUAAUUUCAAUUGUUCUGUGAAGUCUUUCAUGAUAUGUAGAAAAAAAACAAUUUAUGUCUGAGGUAAAUUUUAAUAGAUCGUGAAAAUCAAUCCAAGAAUGGUAUCCAUGUGCCCUGAAUCUUAUUAGUAAUUCUUUCCAAGGUGGCAACCAGGAGAUGUUCCAAGAAAAGUCACAUAACUUAAUUAUUUUACAUGUUGAUGGAGAGCGUGACUGUAAGUUCAUGCAGUGGAUUGCAUUGCAGUUUCCUCCAAUAGAAAAUAACUACUUAUGCAAUUACCCAAAUAAAACCAUAGGCGCAGAGGCACUCAUUCUUGGACUAUAUAUAGGCAUCACCCUUAAUUUCCUGUUGUCCACUCCCAGCUUUUGGCAAACAGAGGCUAGGGACAUGCAGAGCAUGGUGUUGUAUCCCUGCUUAUCCUGGCUAACAGCCAUUGAUGGACCUAUCUUCCAUGAACUUAUCUAGUUCUUUUUUGAACCCUGUUACAAUUUUGGCCUUUACAACAUCCCCUGGCAAAGAGUUCCACGUGUUGUCUGAGCGUUCUGUGAAUAAAUACUUCCUUUUGUUUGUUUUAAAUCUGAUGCCUAUUAAUUUCAUUGGGUGACCCCUAGUUCUUGUGUUAUGUGAAGGAGUAAAUAACACUUCCUUAUUCAUUUUCUCCAAACCAAUCAAGAUUUUAUAGACCUCUGUCAUAUGCCCUCUUAGUCGUCUCUUUUCCAAGCUGAAAAGUCCCAGUCUUUUUAAUCUCUCCUCAGAUAGAAGCUGUUCCAUACCCCUAAUCAUUUUUGUUGCCCUUCUCUCUACCUUUUCCAAUUCCAAUACAUCAUUUUUGAGAGAGAGCAACCAGAUCUGCAUGCAGUAUUCAGGAUGUGGUCGUACAAUGGAUUUAUAUGGAGGCAUUAUAUUUUGUUUUAUUUCUAUCCCUUUCCGAAUGUUUCCUAGCAUUCUGUUAGCUUUUUUUGAAUAACAUUGCACAUUAAGCGGAUAUUGUCCGAGAACUAUCCACAAUGACUCCCAAGAUCUCUGUCUUGAGUGGAAACAGCUAAGUUAGACCCCAUCAUUUUGUAUGUAUUGUUGGGAUUAUGUUUUCCAAUGUGCAUUACUUUGCAUUUAUCAACAUUGAAUUUCAUCUGCCAUUUUGUUGCCCAGUCCCCCAGUUUUGUGAGAUCCCUUUGUAACUCUUCACAGUCUGCUUUGGAUUUAACUAUCUUGAGUACUUUAUAUCAUCUGGAAAUUUUGCCACCUUACUGUUUACCCCUUUUUCCAGAUCAUUGAUGAAUAUGUUGAACAGCACUGGUCCCGGUACAGAUCCUUGGGGGACACCACUAUGUAACUCUCUCCAUUCUAAAAAUUGACCAUUUAUUCCUCCCCUUUGUUUCCUAUCUUUUAACCAGUUACUGAUCUAUGAGAGGACCUUCUCUGUUAUCCCAUGAUUGCUUACUUUGCUUAAGAGCCUUUGGUGAGGUAUCUUGUCAAAUGCUUUCUGAAAGUUAAGUACACCAUAUCCACUGGAUCCCUCUUGUCAACAUGUUUGUUGACCCCCUCAAAGAAUUCUAAUAGAUUGGUGAGGAACGAUUUCCCUUUACAAAAGUCAUGUUGACUCUUCCCUAGCAAAUCAUGUUCAUCUAUGUGUUUGAUAAUUCUGCUCAUUACUAUAGUUUCAACCAGUUUGCCAGGUACUGAAGUUAGGUUUAUCAAUCUGUAAUUGCUGGGAUUGCCACUGGAGUCUUUUUUAAACGAUGUCACAUUAGCUAACCUCCAGUCAUCUGGUAUAGAAGCUGAUUUAAGUGGUAAGUUACAUACCACAGUUAGUAGCUGUGCAAUUUCAUGUUUGAGUUCCUUCAGAACUCUUUGGUGAAUACCAUCAGAUCCUGGAGACUUAUUACUGUUUAAUUUUUCAGUUUGUUCCAAAACUUCCUCUAAUUACAUCUCUGUCUGGGACAGUUUUUCAGAUUUGUCACCUAAAAAGAAUGGCUCAGGUGUGGGAAUCCCCCUCACAUCCUCUGCAGUGAAGACUGACGCAAAGAAUUAAUUUAGUUUCUCUGCAAUGGCCUUGUUUUCCUUGAGUGCUCCUUUAGCACCUUGAUUGUCCAGUGGCUUCCUGCUUCUGAUGUACUUAAACAUUUUUUUGCUGUUACUUUUUAAUAUACAAACUUGCAUGUCAAAAGUUAGGCAACUGAUAAAAGUGGUCUGAUUUCAGAGGUGUUAGGAACCUGCAAAUCCCACUGACCUCAUUUCAGAACAUCUGAAAAUCAGGACACUUAUUUAGAUACCACCUCUAAACACCCAUGUUUUAAAAUGUUGGCCCUCAUUGUAUCCUAAGUUUAUAAUACACAGCUACCUGCUGAAUUUGUACUUUAUCAACAAAGUGGUAUAAUACCUCUUUUAGAAAAUUUUUUCAUAUCAUUCUCACUGAGUACUCAUUUCUGGCAUGUGCCAAAAAGACAGAGCUUUCAGCUGCUUAGAACAUUUGUUUGGCUUCACAACCCAGGGUUCUAAAAUGAGAGUCAAACAAUAAAACGGUGAAAAUAUUGCCGCCUUUUCUACCAUAAUCUGGCAAUUAUUAUAAGGACUGGUGCUUCCACUGAGUAUGGUGCUACCAGAAAAAACACUGGUGUCCUGCUAUCUUGCUGCAAAUGGCUGGUUUUCCAAUAGGAAAUGAUAUGGCUGCUAGUUCUUUUUAGACAAGUAAAAGAAAGAUCUAUUUGUCUGUCUACUACAGUAUGUCUCCUGCCCUUCUUAUCUUUUGUCUCUAGCAUCAGGGCUGCAUGCUGUUCCUACCUGUAUACCAUUUAACCUUCAUUUCCUAUCCCAAUACUUUUUCCAUGCUCUCAUGAUACUCUUAAAAGAUUAUUCCAAAGCUAAUGACACUGCAUCAUAUUCUUCUGUAACAAUCUAUAUCCCUUAAUACUAUUUAACAUCAGUGCCUGAUACUGCUUCAUUGUAGCAAUUGUAGGACCAUAGCACACCUCAGAAAAAUGUGAUCACACCUAUUAGGAGAACAUGCAGGAUAAAGGGGUAAGGGAUCACAGAAUAGGAAGGACCUGUAAGUGAUCUGCGGGCCAAGAUGUUAAACGGAGGGACACAGUUAGAUCACUGAUGCAAACUGGACCUUCUGCCCCUUCAUAGGAAGGAACUACAGUAACUGCCUCAAGAAAGGAAUUUCUGACAUUGUAACUGAAGAUUUUAAAAUGUCCAUCUUCAUAAUCAGUGCAUCGACCUUCCAAUAAAGAGAGAUAGUUAAGACCCACAAUCCACUUUUAUAGUGUGUGACAGGAAAAAUGGCUUUGUCACUUGGGUAUAUCACACUGCUGUUGUUGUCACCAUUUGUUUUAUAAAAUAAAGCUUCCUAUUGUGUAGUCAUUAUGUAAUGUGAAUGUAAUUUUCUUAAAUGAUUUUACUGUUUACUAAGUUUUUAUAUAUACUGAUGUUUGUAUCAUCACAAGUUAUAGAUGUACUCAAUGAUUUCUCAAUUAAAAAAACAAACUUUC